ACUGAAUGACAUUGAGAUUAUUCAAGAUAUAUGUUGGAUGUAAGUCUAACAACAGUUUAUUAUCAGCCUCAGACUAAUGUGCAUGUAUUUAGGCUCUCCCCCAAUCAAAUCCAGAAGCUUCUGAACCAGUACCUUGUGGCGGACUACGAGCAGCCCAUUAAUGGUGAAAUUAUGAAGGCUGUUGCCUCUCGUGUUACCGAAAAGGGCGACGUGCUGCUUCUGAGCCCUGUUGAUGUGGAUGAUAGUGGGCCGUAUGAAAUUGCUGAGCCCCGAGUUAUUUCUGCUUUGGAAACCUACACACCUUCUUGUAAGUGUACCAGUGGACUUGUUAGUGGACGGUGUGCUAACCAGCUUUAAGGGCUUCAAACACCUCGACUGAAACGUCUCGCUGAAAUCGUUUCCGCACAGGC